GGAAGGCAGGCUGCGAGGUUUGAAUAGGGGAAGUUGACAGAGCACAGCGCUUUGCCUUGAGUUCAGUGUUUGCAAAUAUAGAGUGAUCUCAACAGCAGAGAGAGAGAGAAAGAGAGAGAGAGCGCGCGCGUGAAAGAGAGAGAAGGACUAGCGGACUCUGAACGAGCAAAGCGACGGCUGCACCGCGUUGCUGUUGCACGAAGAGGACGCUUGUUUGUUAGAUUGCGUACUUGAUCGCGAUUGGGGAAGAUAUUUUUUUCUCGUCUUCACUUGCCUAACACUUGGGAUUGCAAUGGAUGUUCUACCGAUGUGCAGCAUUUUUCAGGAACUUCAAAUCGUUCAUGACACUGGCUAUUUCUCUGCGUUGCCAUCGCUCGAAGAAUACUGGCAACAGACGUGCUUGGAGCUGGAGCGAUAUUUGCAGAGCGAGCCUUACGUCUCCGCGUCGGAUCUCAAGUUUGAGGCCCAGGAGGAUCUUUGGAGCAAGCUCAUCUUGGCUUGUGGAGAUAAGGGAGAUGGCAACGGCAACCUUCCUGAUGUCAAGGAGGACGACAAUCAGGACUGCCAAAUAUUAGAAACCCAUAGCAUGAACUCGGACGCCAGCAGCGAGGCGUCUGACAGCUCGGAGGAGCUCUCGCCCACUCACAUCUUUACCUCCAACCCGCUGGGCUCGGUUCUGACCGAGUCAGCGCAUCACUUGAGUUCCUCCGUCAUCAGCACGCCUCCGUCCUCCCCGGAGACCCCUCAGGAGCCUGGCAUACCUCAGGUGUGGGGCUCUACGCAGACUGACUUGCACGUGCCGGUGAAGGUCCGGCAAAGCGGGGCGGGGAAGGCCUCGGAUAAGACUUCGGCAGGAGGGGACGCCUCUCCGGAUGGAAGGAGGAGAGUGCACAGGUGUCACUUCAACGGCUGCCGGAAGGUUUACACAAAGAGUUCUCACUUAAAAGCACAUCAGCGGACUCACACAGGUGAGAAGCCGUACAGGUGUUCAUGGGAGGGCUGCGAGUGGCGCUUUGCGAGAAGCGACGAGCUAACCCGACACUUCAGGAAGCACACCGGUGCAAAGCCAUUUAAAUGCAGUCACUGUGACAGGUGUUUCUCCAGGUCAGACCACCUGGCCCUGCACAUGAAGAGGCACCUUUGAGCGGGCGGUAGCUGUGUGUGGGGAUGUGUCGUGUCCUGACCAGCUUCCUGGUUGACCUGGCCCUGCAAGAAGUUGGGGGAGUGUGUUCCAGCCAAAGCAUGCCACUUUGCACCAUAUCCUGUGCCUCUAUGAGCCCUGGGAUAAAGGCGGACUGUCUGGUUGUUGAAAAGAAAAGGAAGGGACAAAAUCGCGAAUGAAGAAUCUUAGAGGAUGAUUUAUAAAAAAAGAAAAACUUCCACACACAAAAAAAGAGAGAGAGAAUGAAUGGUGUGUUGUUUGGUGCAUGAUGUUUUGGGACAACUCCUGGACAAUACACUGGUACUUUUAAACAAAUCCUGUUUGAUGCGAGUGGAUGAAUGUCCCGUGUUCGAGGAGGGGUGGGUGGGGGCUACCAGUGUAUCGCUGUGGGCUAAAUGGUGUCGGGGAACAUGUUCCGUUUUUGUUUCCACACGGUAUGCGAGAACAGCAAAGUCUGAAUGAAGCCGUGAGACUGAGAACUCCUGCCAGACACCCUCAGGCUCCGUGUCGCAAGAUAGCGGGGGGCAUCCCGGCCAGGGUUUCACCCCCUGCCCUAUCUGGAAGGGGGGUUGGGGCGGAACCUCAGUCCUGAAUGAAAGUAGCUUUUUUUGGUGUUCGGUGCAGCUACUAAAUGUGCAAUGUGUUCGUAGCUUGUUAUUUGACGGGCUACAAAAGCUCAUUUGUAGUCCGUUGUAUGAGCUGUGUGCUUAGAGAUGUAACACAAUUAUAACUUCACUAUCAUAAAAAGGUGUUGCAUGGUAUUGGGGUUUGUAUUUUUUAUUUUGUCAUUUGGGACUGCAAAUAGAUUCCAAUAAAGCGCAGCUAAAUACGAUUGGUUAGAUGUUACGAUAUUGUACAUAAAUGCAUUGAUCGUUGUUCAUUUUUCGUUCUGGUGGGGGAAGAGACCCGCGAUCAUUUCAUAUGAGACUUUUCUUUACCCGUUUCAUCUCGAGGACUAAUUUCGCUCUUUCUAGCUCCAUUUGACCUGUUGUUAAUGCACUGUUGGCCUAAUGGUGCCUUAUGCAAGUGACCUUGCCCCUUGGGGGUCACGAAAUGUCUUGUGAUUGAUAAAGCUUUAUUAAGGCUCCGUUUUACCUGAACAUGCACCUUUCCCGUUUCCGAGGGCACUGUAACCACACCCUUGUAGAUAUUUAACCUGUUGUAAAAUUUCGAGCAUGCUAGUUUAUUUGUCACUUUUCAUAUACCUGCCCUCAAAAUUCUACACAUGAAUUGUUAUAAGAGCACUUAAAGUAAUGCAUUUAGUAUCUACUGAAUGUUUUUCAAAUGUUAUGCUUCAGAUGAGUGGAUUUAUGUCUUUGGAAUCUUUGAUGAAAGUGUGUGAACAGGCUGUUGUGUAACACAAGGCUUGAAUGCUUGUGGAAUGCCAACCCCCACCAAACCUCCCCCUGUCCCCUGUAACCAAGAAUAAAGAAAAAAAACACACUUAAAGAUUUAUUGUAAUUAACAAGCUCCAGUCAGACAGGCCCUGCCUUGUACUGCCUCACCGUAAUGAAUUGCUGAAGGCCCUGCUAGCUACAGACUGCUGACUCGGGCGGUUCGAUAUUGACCUGUCUGGAUGCCGUUGUUUUAGUCCAGCGACAGUAUUGUGGAAACAGCACACAGCCAUCCAGAGAGAUAAAGAUAUAUCAUCCCCUUUUCAACUUUUACAAUGGAAACUAAGACACGGAGUCAAAAGACUCUGUCAGCUAUGUUUUGGAAAUCCGAAUGGAAAAUCUAGACUAUUUUUUUAUUUUGGGGACCAAAUGAUUGAAAUUUGUUGUGUAUAGUUGUUUUUUUUUAUCCUCAUGCUCUGGUUUGUUGAGCAAUGUUUGACAAAGUUGCAAGUAGAGCAGCUACGUAGCAAUGGAUUGUUCCAGCACGAGAAGUAACUUGAAGCAGCUUGCGCUGCCAUAAAGUGAGACCAGCCAGGGGUUUUGUGGGUAAAGAACAUUCUGUCUUUCCAACAGUGGCCAAUAUUAGUCAAGUGGUAAUGGAGCCUUAAUCAAGUUUGCCAUUUGCUUGCUUCAACCAACACUUUCUAUCAUUCAUCUUUACUCUCAUGAAUAUUUCUACAAACGAAUAAAGACUUAAAAAAAAUAAGGACAGAAAAUACAAAAAAAAAACUUUUCUAAGAUUUUUAUUUGUUUUUGCUUUAUAUGAAUUUUAUUUGAAAUUGUUUUGCAAAAUUGUUAUAUUUCUGUAUGAAUGUAUUUUUUAUUGGAAUAAUAAGAAAUUCUUAUCAGACAA